CACCAUGGUAACCAGGAGGCGGGCACGCAGGAGGCUGUAGAAUAGAGCACGGCGAAGGGCCGUGGGCUGGGCAAGAUUGGAGUUCGCGCGGCUGGCAUCAGUCAGCUUAGCCUCGCACGCGGAAAACCUGCAGAGAAGAAUCCAAGAGUCAGUUUUUCAAGGAGAAAAAACUGGGCCAGGAGCCAAGAUCUGUUCUCCAAAACGUAAUAUUGUGUAGAUCAUCUUACCCCUAGAGAUCUCAGUGGCCUCAUCUGUGAAAAAAGAAAAAAAAACAAAGGUAAAACCUUUAGCCUGUCUCAAGAUGAGGUGGAAGAUCAUCCAGCUACAGUACUGUUUUCUUUUGGUCCCGUGCAUGCUUACUGCUCUGGAAGCUGUGCCUAUAGAUGUAGACAAGACCAAAGUACACAACACUGAGCCCGUGGAAAGUGCAAGGAUAGACCCACCAGACACCGGACUUUACUACGAUGAAUACCUCAAGCAAGUGAUUGAUGUUCUAGAAACAGAUCAACAUUUCAGAGAAAAGCUCCAGAAAGCAGACAUAGAGGAAAUAAGGAGUGGGAGGCUGAGCAAAGAGCUGGACUUAGUAAGUCACCAUGUGAGGACAAAACUCGAUGAACUGAAGAGGCAAGAAGUAGCAAGGCUGAGAAUGCUCAUCAAAGCUAAGCUGGAUUCCCUUCAAGAUACUGGCAUGAAUCACCACCUUCUUCUGAAGCAGUUCGAACACCUAAACCACCAGAAUCCUGACACAUUUGAAUCCAGUGAUUUGGAUAUGCUAAUCAAAGCGGCAACUGCAGAUCUGGAGCAAUAUGACCGGACUCGGCAUGAAGAGUUUAAGAAGUAUGAGAUGAUGAAGGAACACGAGCGCAGAGAAUAUUUAAAAACACUGAAUGAGGAAAAGAGAAAAGAAGAAGAAUCUAAAUUUGAAGAAAUGAAGAGGAAGCAUGAAAAUCACCCCAAAGUCAAUCAUCCUGGAAGCAAAGAUCAACUAAAAGAGGUUUGGGAAGAGGCUGAUGGAUUGGACCCUAAUGACUUUGACCCCAAGACAUUUUUCAAAUUACAUGAUGUCAACAAUGAUGGAUUCCUGGACGAACAAGAAUUAGAAGCACUGUUCACAAGAGAGUUGGAGAAAGUGUAUGACCCCCGGAAUGCAGAGGAUGACAUGAUAGAAAUGGAGGAAGAAAGGCUUAGGAUGAGAGAACACGUCAUGAAUGAGAUUGAUAACAACAAAGACCGAUUGGUGACUCUGGAAGAAUUCUUGAGAGCUACAGAGAAGAAAGAGUUCUUGGAGCCAGACAGCUGGGAGACAUUGGGGCAGCAACAGUUAUUCACUGAGGAAGAACUAAAAGAAUAUGAAAGCAUUAUUGCUAUGCAAGAAAAUGAACUAAAGAAGAGGGCAGAUGAACUGCAGAAGCAGAAGGAAGAAUUGCAGCGCCAGCAUGACCACCUUGAGGCUCAGAAACAGGAGUAUCAGCAGGCUGUACAGCAGCUGGAACACAAGAAAUUUCAGCAAGGGAUUGCUCCAUCAGGGCCAGCAGGAGAACUGGAGUUUAAGCCACCUAUCCUGAACAAUCAAGACACUGACAAGGAGUCAGAGUGAGAAAGUGAACUCCUUCAUGUUCAUGUAAGGUUCUCAUCCCCAAGGAUCAUCAAAAGAAGUCUAUCUUCAACCUGAACUGUCUCAAUGGAAUGCUUGUAGACUAAUGAGGCAAAGUCUCACAGCUCAGACCAACCUUGACCUCAUAAUCCAUUUCCCCUCUGCUGUCUGAGUGCGGGAACAGUAGUCAUAUACCUCCACACCCAGCUGCAAGCUCAGUAUUUUUUUUUUUAAACUUGUUAGUACUUGUUGGGACUGAAGUCUAAAGUGUAUUGAAAAGGACA